GAGAAAAAGAACAACACAUUAAAAAUCUUCAGGAUCUACUAACAUCAGAAAGAUUUAACUUGUCUGUACUACAACAUACUCUUUCUCUCCGGGACUCGGAAAUAACAGAAUUAAAAAAUGAAAUAACAUUAUCAAAAAUGAAAGAAGAGCAGUGUAUUGAACUGAAAAUGAAUUAUGAAAAGGAUAUUUGCAGACAGUUAGAGAACUUGAGGGCUGAGCUAGAGAAAUGCCACAGAAAAGAGAUUGCAGAAACGAAGCAGAUAUAUGAAGAAGAAAUGAUUUUAAAAUAUAAAAAUGACCUUGAACAGUUAAAAAAAGAACUCUCUGCUCUGAAUUCUGAGGAGCACAUUCAGAAUUUGAACAGCAUAAUAAUCGACUUAAAUAACAGUCUUCAUGAGUCUGAAAUUCAUAAAGAAAAUUUGAGGAAGAAACUUGAAAAUCAGCAGGAAAAAUUCCAGAGAGAGAAGACUGAAAUUGAGGUUCAAUACAAAAUUUUAAUUGAUGUCCUUAAGUCUCGUCUUUCUGAGGCAGAAGAGCAGGUCAAGGAAGCCCAGCAAUAUAAACAAGAAAAACAGUACUUGAAUGAAGAGAUUCAGGAACUGGAUUCAUGCAUCCAGGAAUUACAUAAAAAGCCUCUUUUUGAGGCUGAAAACAGUGCAGAUGCAAGGCAAGAGUACAAUGAAGAGAUUGUCUCCAAUAAAAAUCUAAUGAUCUUGAAGGAAAAAACACCCUUUACCAGAUGUUUCACUCUCUGCAGCUCUGGUACUUGAGGAGAUAAUGAAUAAACCAUGUCACUUUAAAGGUGAAGAAGAGUUUGUUCCUGAAGAACUAGAGUUUCAGUGCGAACUGGGAGUAGACUCAUCAAGAAGUGAAUCAAAAGAAAUAAUGAGUUCAAGGGUCGAAGAAAGCGAAGGUAAUGAAGGAGAUUACCUGUCUGAAGAACAAUUGUCAGAACCUGGGUUUUUCACUGUUGAUGAAGACAUGUUGGCUAAAUAUCUUGUCUCCACAGAAAGACCAGAGCAGUCAUAUGUGUCAGGCAGUUCUGAAGGUUAUGCCAUUGAAGAAGAUAGAUGCAGUAGGUACAGAUUAGACAGUAAUGUGCUUUUAGAACCCAGCAUGGAUUUUAAACCUCCUCAAUUAAACUUUGGCCUUGAUGAAAAAACAUGUCAUAGCAGUUUGGCUCAAGAGACUUUUGAAAAAACUGAGGUGGAAGUAGAGGACUUCAUUUCGUUUUUGUCAGAUGGCUCCCUGCAGCAAAACAAAAUAAGCAACUGUGAUGUUGUAAAGGAUGACGAGAGAGCUUCACACAUCUGUCUACUAAACAAGCUAACCGAACAGCUUCAUGAAAAGGAGUCAGCCUUGGAAAAAUCUCAACAGGAGACCCAAGAAGCUGCUGGAAAAUGGAAAAAAGUGAUAGCUGAGCUCUCUCUUAUGCGUGUGGAACUGAAUAAGGAACGUGAAGCACGGGUCUGUUGUGAAAAGCAACUUCUUCAGAAAACAGAGAAGGAGAAGGAACUUGAAAACAAAAUAAGCCACCUAAUAAAGCAACAGGGUGAGGAUGGAGGCCAACCUUACCAUGCUGUGGAGCCUUUAACACAAACAUCAAAAUCCUCUACCUGGCAACAAAUGCUGAAAGACCUCCAGGAAGAAAGAGAAAUGUUGAUGGCGCAGCUGCGAACUCAGGAGCAAUUAGUGAAAGAAGUACAAGAGCAGAAAACAGCUUCUGAUUCUGUAACAAGUGAAGUACAGUCUCUUUUUGGACGUCAGUUGGCUGUUCUGCAAAGUCAAAGGGAUCAAAUGCAGACCCAGCUUGAUGCUCAGAAGGCUAAAAAUCUGGCAAUAACAGAGCUUCUUGGUCAGAAAGCUGUACUUGAAGAGACAUUGCUAAAAGAACAGGAUCUGCUCAAAGCUGAAAUCAGUAACAGAGAACAAAAUUUAGCACUCUUAUUGAAGGAAAAAACAGUGUUGGGCAAGAGAUUAUCAUCCAUGGAGAAAGAUCUAAUAAAAGCAGAGAAUGCUUUAGCAGCAAAUGCUAGCAUCGUAGUACAUCUUGAGAGAAACAUACGUGAACUUAAUACUGAAGUGCAAAACCUCAAAGAGGUACAGGAGUGUGAAAGAUUGGGAUAUGAGGACAAGUUGAACUUGAAUAAUGCAGAAAUUAAUAAACUUAAUGCUGAAAUAGAGGCAAAAAGUACUGAAUACAAUGUGAAAGAAAGCCAGCUAAUUGAAGAAAUAGCUCAUUUGAAGAAGGUUCAGCUGGAGCUUGAAAAUCACUUGCAGGAGUCCUUUCAGUCUGCACAAGCUGUGCAGGAGGCACAAUCUGAGAUGGUGAAACAUUACAAAGAGGAAAUUGAUAAAAUGGAGUCUCAGCACCUUGUGGAAUUAACUAAAAUAGAAGAAUUAAAUAAUGAAAUAAAAGAUAAAGUUGAAAAGCAGCAGAAGUUGGAGGAAGAAAGAAAAGAACAGCUUGCUUUAAUAAAAAAGGUACAUGAACGAGAGCAUGAACGUGAAAUCUCUGAACUAAUUACUAAGCAUGAAGAAGAAAUGGAGGAGCUCCGUGCCUCACUAAACAGAGAACAGCAACACCGGUUGGAUGAACUUCAGCAGCAAAUGGCAGCCACACACAAAGCAGAGAUUGAGCAAGCCCAGCUCCAAUCACAGACACUGCACAGUCUUGAAUUGGAAGCUUUACGCCUAAGCUUAAAUAAUAUGCACACCUCUCAGCUUGAGCUUACUCAGUCUAACUUGAGAAAAGAAAAGGAAACUGCACUUGUGGAGCUACGGGAGAUGCUCAAUGAUAAGCGUGCUCAGGAAGUAGCAAUUCUGCAAAGCCGCCAUCAGUUGGAGUGGGAGAAGACUAAAGAACAGUGUUUGAAGGAAAAAGAAGACCUGAAGUCAAAGUAUCAGCAAGAAUUAGUUGAUCAGAGAAAGAAAAUAGAAAUGGAAAUGGAAGAGAAACAUAUGCAGAUACUAGAGACUAUCAAAAGAGACUGGGAAUUAGAGUCUGAGAUACGUUUAGAAAACAUGUGCAAAGAGCUCUCUGAAAAACAUCAGACUGAAAUGGCAGAACUGCAGAAAACUCUGGAAAUGGAAUUAGAAAAGGUCAAAGUGGAGCUGGGGCUUCUUUCUCUUGAGAAGGACCAGUCUGAAUUAAAAUGUAUAGAUCUUGAGAAACAACACCAGUUAGCCAUCACAAACUUACGUGAACAGCUGCAGACUGAACAUAACCAACUCCUAGAAGAUAUAAAGAUGAAAAGCCAAGAAAAAGAACAGAAUCUUCAGAAGGAGCUGGAAAAACUUCAUAUCGUGCAUGAAGAAUUCAAGACUCAGUCACAAGAAGAAGUCAGGCAGCUUUGGUCUCAACUUGACAGUACCCGAGCAAAUCGGCAGGAGUUGAAUGAAUUAAGAGAGCAGCUUCUGGCUCGUGCAUCACGGGUGGAAGAAAUAGAGCAUUUAAAACAAGAAUUUGAACAGCAGCGUCAGCAAAGAAAAAGUGAGCAUGAGACUGAAUUAGAACAGUUGAGACUUUACUUUGAACAAAAGUUAAGAGUUGCUGAAGAAAACUACAGAGAAGAAUUGACUUUCUUGCAACAGAGACUGGAAGAACUGAAAGAAUAUUCUUUGUCAGAGGAGGUGGUCAUGAGCCAGGAUCAAGCAGGGGGUAUCAGUUCUGUCACGGUUUUUGGAGAGACUGAUGAGAAAGAGAGAAGAGAUCUUUAUCUUCAUCAGCUAAAUCAACAGGUGGAGCAGCAUAAGGAAGAACUUGCCUGUUUGCAGGUACAACUUAAAGAACAGCACAAACAUGAAUUAGAUUCCUUAAGGUCUUCCCUUGCGCUUCAAUAUGAAGAGGACCUAAUGAAAAUGAAGAAGGAUCUGUCAGGCAAAUAUAUAGUAGAAAUAGAGGAAAUGAAAAGAAAGCAUUGUUUGGAACUUGAGCAGCUCCGUGCUAGGCUUUCAGAUGAACAUAUCAAAGAAAUCACCAAAUUACGCCUACAGAGUGCUCAAGAUGCAGCACGUCAAGUUGAAAUGGAGGUGGCCACACGAGUGUCUGUGCUGGAGGAAGAGCACAAAGUCAAGCUUUCUCUCCUCCACUCUGAGAAACAGCAUAUUGCAGAGCUUUCAGAUGAAAUAAAGUGUUUAAAGGAAGAGAUUGCUAAACAAAAAGAUUUUUCAGUGCAGAAUGAAAAGCAUCUGAAAAAGGAAAUGGAACAGGUAAAAUAUAAAAUUGCUGAGAAUCACAAGAAUGAAUUAAGGGAAGCCAGAGAAGAAAUCCAGAAAAUAGAGACUAUGUACAAAGAAAAAGAGAAUAAAUGGAAACAUGAAAGUGAGGACCAGAGAAUCCAAGCAGAAGAGAAAUUAUCAUUGUUGCGUUUAGAACUGCAAAAUAGAUUGGAAUGUGAGAAAGAGAAUUUGCAAAAGGAAUUUGAAGUUCGUGAAGCAGAAAUGAAUCGGCUCCAAGAUUACCAAGCUGCCAGAAUUGUAGAAUUAGAAAAGUUAGUAAAAGAGCAACAAAACAACUUGCAACAACUGGAGGACAGCCUUGCAAGUGCACAGGCUACACACAAAUCUCAGGAACAAUAUGAGAGUGAUCUGCAGGCAGCCAGAGUGCUCAUGGAAGAAGAAAUGGAAAAGGCCAUGCUUUGUCUGCAGGAAGAAUGUGCACUGAAACUUAUGGAAGCACAAAACAAAUUUAUGGAGGAACACAAAGCUAUGACUCAGAAAUUCACUACUGAGCAAGAGAUUCUUCUCCAAGAGCUGAAGAAGAAACAUGUUGAUGAGCUAGAACUCCAAAGUCAGCAGUUACAGGAAAAGCAUAAGGAGCAAAUUUUGUCUCUUACAACUGAGUUUCAGACAAAGCACCAAGCUGAAAUUGAGAUGCUUAAAUCUACACUAGAAAGUAAACAGCAGAUUCAGAUUGAAGCUUCUGUUGCUGAACUGCAGACAAAACACCAAGCACAAAUUGAUGAACUGGAGGCUAAACACUUAUCAAACCUGGAUUCCUUGGAGUCAUCCUACCUGUCAGAAAUUCAGAAUAUAAGAGAUGAACACAAGCAGGUUCUUGAGAAGCUACAGCUGCAUCACACAGAACAGUUCCGUGAAAAGGACAAAAUGGAUCAAGCACACUUGGCUCAAGAGAUAGAGAUGUUGAAAUUAAAGUAUGCUGAGGAACUUCAGCUUGCACAAAACAAUUUGAAAAUUGAGCUAUCUACUGUGCAUAUGGAAAAACUUAAAAUUAUGGCUAUGGAAGCAGAAGAAUUUCAUAAGAAUGAUUUGAAAACAGCUCUUCAAAAUCAAAGAUGUUUGUUGGAAGAAGAAAAAGAUCUAGCCCUGGAUAUAUUACGUGAGGAAGUAGUGCAUAUGGAAGAAAAACAUAGAAAAGCACUGCAAGAACUUCAGGAUCUUCAUGAGGCAGAAAUCAAGAAACAUAAGGAGGAAUACUCCAGGGAGUUGGAGAAAGAACUGGGGAAACUAAAAGCACAACAUGAACAUGAACAAGAGAUGUAUGCUUCUGCAUCGGCCUCUGAAGUAGAAAAUGUGAGGACAGCUCUUCUGUCUCAGUUUGAGGAGGUAAAAAUGAAGCAACAGCUUCAGUUCCAGGAAGAGAUUGAGCUGCUGAAGUGUCAGUCAGAAGUACUCCUUGAGCAGCAAAUUGCACAGCUGAAGGAGGAAUUUGAAGCUGAAAAAACAGCGUCACUACAUGAGAAGGUGCAGGUGUUAAUUCAGGAGAGGGAGAAGGCACUGGCUGUUUGCCAGAAGGAGAAGGAGACAUUAUCAGCACAGCUACAGGAAAAAGCAGCAAGAAUUAUCCAGCUGGAAAAGGAAGUCGAAUCUUUAAAUCAUAAGAUAGAGGAGACCAACUGUGAGCUGGAGACACUUCUACAGCAGCGGGACAGAGAGAACCAAGAAGGAGGGAAUUUGAUAGUCAUGUUGAGGUCUGAUAUUGAGCAGUCCAAGGAUGAAAGGAAAAAAAUGCAGGAAUCUUAUCAGCAUAUUUUGAAAUUGCUUAUGGAGUUGGUGAAGGCUACAAUAGCUAUUGAGGACCUUAUCUGUAGCAAGAUUGGUCUUUGCCUUGAUGACAGUUUGGCUUCUGGAGAUUCUAGGGAAAGUCACAGUAUUAUGGAAGAAAUGGGAUUUGCACAAUAUUUUAAAGCCAAAGAGAAGCAUCACCUAGAAAAAUUAGAUGAACAGCUUGAUGAAACUCUCACAGAACACAACCAGCUGUCUCCAGUGACUGAAGAGGGGUCUGAGUUGAGUCAAUACUUAUGUGAAAGUGUUUUUGUGAAGCCAGAAAUGGCAUGUGAAAAUGAAGAAAUGAUUAUGAAAAUUAGUCAUCGUUUGCGCACUGCAGUGGAAAAAAUGUUGGAACUUGUUGCAGAAUCAACUGAAGAACUGGAGAAAAGGCAUGAAAUCCAUGCGCAAUUUGAAGAUGAAUUCAGCUGCCAAAAUCAGGAGACUGCUCAGGUGGUUAGUCAGCACCAAGAGCUAAUGGAGUGCCUAACUGAGGAAAGUGAGGCCAAGAAUCAGCUGGCACUAGAACUUCAUAAAGCAGAGGGCAUUAUUGAAGGCUAUGUUGCAGAAAAAGCUGCGUUGGAGGAGGCUUUGAAUCUGAAAGAAGAAUCUGAGCGUCGCCUUGUUGUAGAGCUGGAGAAUAUGCGCGAACGCUUCCAGGAGCUAACCCAGGAGCAGGCAAUUCUUGGUCUACUCAAGGAAGUAGAAUUUUUAGCAAAGGAGAAAUUAGAACUUCAGUGUCAGGCAGAGAAGGACCAUUCCAACUUACGCUCUCAAAUGAAAGUUUUGGAGGUGGAACUGGAAGAACAGCUGCAUAGUAAUCAAGACCUGGCUAAGCAGUUACUGGAGGUUGCUGAAUUAAAACAGCAAAUCCAAGUCCUUGAAAAACAGCUUAAAAAACAGCGGCAAUUCAUGGACGAACAAGCUAUAGAAAGGGAACAUGAACGUGAUGAUUUUCAGCAAGAAAUUCAGAAGCUAGAAGAACAGUUAAAACUUUCAGCAAAAUUGCAGACUUCAGGAGAGCUGAGAAAGUAUGGGAACUAUGAAUUGAUUCUACAGGUAGACUCUCUGCAAGCAGAAAUAAAAGAGAAAAUGGAUGAUUACAAUAAGCUGUUAUUAGAAAAGGAGGAAAAGCAUCAAGAAAUCAUAGCUCGUGAUAAAGAGAUAGAAAAACUGGUGGCACAAGUUCAAGAACUGGAGCAGAGCAGUACUGAAGUCUCGAAGACCGUUAACUACUUGGAACAACAACUACAGAAAAUGAAGAAAGUAGAAACCGAAUUAAAACAGGAUAAAGAAGCAUUGCAACAGCAGCAGUACAAUAACCUUAUUCAGAUCUCUGCCCUACAAUCUAAAUUGGAUGAAGCGAGGCACAGAGUACCCACAGAAGGCACUUCUGACCAAGGGCUGAAGGAACAGUUACAGGCAGAACAGGAAGCACUUGAGAGGAAAGAGGGAGAGAUUGCAAGCUUGUUAGAGCAACUAGAUCAAUAUAAAGAUAAAUUGACCAGUAAAAAUGAGGAGAUAUUGCAGCUGAACUUGCAGCUAGAGGUGCAAAAAAACCUUAGCACCUCCAGCAUCAGCCAGCUUCAGCUAGAGAAUGCGUACUUGAAGGAGGAUCUAACAAAACUUCACGUAAAGCAAAAUCAGGACUUAGGUGUUAGCAAUACCUCAGCUCUGUCAUUCCCGCAAGCACUGCUUAAAGAAAAGAAUCAAGAAAUUGAUCAUUUGAAUGAACAAAUGAAGAGACUCAAGCAAGAGCUAGAGAACACUCUGGAGAAUACGGUUGUGGAAAACCAAAAAUCUGAAAUCGAAGAACUCAGAUCUCUUAUUGAGCACCUUCGUAGUGACCAGGAACGGCUGCGUAAGGACAAAGAUGAAGAGGUAGAGCAACUUCAUGGUGUAAUUGAGAAGCUUCAAAAAGAGUUGGCACAGUUUGGACCAGCAUGCCAUGAAGUUAGUGACAACCAAAGUGAUCUUUAUGAACUUGAAUUGGAAAAAUCAGUGGAAGACCUUCAGAAUGAAUUGAAGGGAUUGACAGAUUGUCAGGGUGAUACUGAUCCGGACAGAAGAAAUGAGUUGCUAGUCACCAAUGUGAGAGAGCUUCAGGAAAAGCUAGAGCUUGUCUCAACUGCUAGAGAAGCUCUGCAGCAGCAACUGGAAGACAAAGAAUCACAGUUAAAAAUGGAAGUGGAAAUUUUAGAGAAAAAAUGCCAAAAUGCACAGGAGUCAUCAAAGCAGCGCUUUGCAGAACUAACCUCUCUAAGAACACAGUACAAUGCACUUCAGGAAGAAUACAGCCUUUUCCAAAAACGUGCAUCUCAGAGAGAGGUUGAAGCAAGAAUUACUACUUCUCGCAUUCAAGAACUUGAAGAAACCCUGAAAGAGAGGGAAGCAAGUAUUCUAGAAAAAGAUACACAGAUGAAGAUAAUGGCAGAUCAAAGAGAAGCUGACAAAAAUGUGUUGCAAUACUUAACAAAACAAGCAGCAGAACUUGAAACUGAGUUGAAAAGGAAAGAUGCAAAUCAGGCUCAAGAUGUUUAUAGUCUUCAGUUAGAAGUUUCUAGACUUGAUUUUCAGGUGCAAACACUGAAUCAGAAAGAUGCAGCUAAUCAGAGAGAAAUCAAUGAACUGCAAGGUAGCACUGCAAAAUUGAAAGAUCAGAUCAAGGCAUACGUGAAAGAGCUUGAAGCCUUACAAUUGGAAAGAGAUGAACUUAUUUCACAGCUGAAGUUGUUCAAGUCAGAGGAGCGAUGUAAUAAUGAAGAGGCUAACUUCCUCAAGGUCUUCUGCCAAGCAGGAAGAAAAGGUGAAGCCCUUAAAAAAGGAACGGAGGAAUUGGAAGGAGUGGAAGCUUAUGUUGAUCAGUCAUUUCCAGUUUUGCUUUCCCCAGCUGAUAUAUUGGAAAAAGAUGAAGUUAUGUUUGACUCCAUGACUCACAACACAAAUAUAAAAUCUCAAAUUAAACAAUCACAGGAAGAUAUCUCAACUCAGGAAAUGGACGUGAUGAACAGCUCUGAAGAGCAGCAAAAUCUGAAAAAGCAUUGCCAACUAACAUUGGAAAAUGAUCAAAGUCCUGAUUCUCCAAAAAACAAUUUGAACAUCUGCUAUACUAAAGAUACUCGGAAAGAUUUCCAGGAUUUCAUUGUGGAUAUGGCUUCAUGGGAUUCACCUGAGAUUGUGAGGAAGGAAGACACAAGCGUGGAACUUGAACCAGUGCUUCAUCUGACACCCUUUUCAGAAGCUGAAAGCACAGAUUUUCAAGUGGUGCACGUUAGGUCAUCCCUUCAAGGAGAUAAUUCUCUUUUGAUGGGAUUUUCUAACCUGUAUGAAAAUGGCAGCGAAGAAGCAGUGGUGGAAGCAGAUGUAAAAUCUCCAGUUUUCUCUGAAAGUACCUAUUCUGUUGACGACGAUGAACACGUUACCGAGAAAAAGAUUUUGCAGAUGAGAGAAGCGGAUAAUCUAACCCCAUCUGAUUUGCAAGAUGACAUAAGAUCAAGAGUAUCUGCCACAGAUGUGAUGAGCAAUGAAUAUGGCAGCAGUACCAGCUCAAAUUUGGCACCUAAACUAAAGCAGGAGCUACAACCAUCAGACCAUCUAGAUGCUAGUUUCAUGGCUUAUGUGCAGUACCAUGGCAUGUUUUCAGAUGUUAUGGAGUCAAUGAGAGAACAGGAAGUACUUUCACCACAGCUGAAGACUGUGCUGAAGAUGGUAUAUGAGGAGAGCUGCAAAAUAUUGGCUUUGUCAGAACAUUCCUUUGGUUUUAAGGAGCAGAAAAAUGUUCUUCAGACCACAGCAAUGAUGGAGGGAUGGCAGAAGGAGGGCUUAGCCUUGUUGGAUGCUAUACAGUCACUGAAAGAUCAUCUUAGCAAGGUGGCAGAUAGAGGAAACAAGGAAUGUUCAGAUAUUGCUGCUGACUGGAGAGCAGAAUUUCUCCAAGCAGUACAGAGUGUGUUUGAGAAGGAGAGAAAUGUGUUGCAAAUUGACUUGAAGUCUCACUUCUCCAAUCCUGGGUGUGGCGAUGAAGUUUCAUUAGCGGAAAGACUAGAGUAUAUCAUGAAACAACAAGAGGAACAAAGGCAGAUGGUUGUAGAACAUCUUUUCUCUUCAGACCGAAAUAGCUUGCUCUCUGAGAUACAGGACCUUCGAGCUCAGCUACGCAUGACACACCUUCAGAACCAGGAGAAGCUGCAGCAGUUACAGGAAACUCUUACAAAUGCAGAAGAUCAUGGGAGCAAACAAGAACACCAGCUUCGGAGGAAAGUUGAAUUGUUAGAAUAUAAACUUCAGCAGGAAAAAUCAAUUGUAAGUGACUUGCAUAGCUCAUUGUCUGAGGAGCAGAAGAGAGUCUCUGAAACAUGUGAACUCUUGAAUCAAGAAAAAGCAGCAGUAUCAGCCCUGAAGUCAGAGCUAUAUGAACAUAAGCAAGAGAAUGAAAGGCUACAAAAAUCCCUAGAAGAGCAUCAGAGGGAAAUAAACAAGUUCCGUUUUGAAUUGGAAAAUAAAGAAAAGGAUUUGACAGCUGCUCUCCAAGAAUUGCAGACCAAACGCCUGACAGAAACAGAGCUGCGAGGCUUGUAUGAGGAACAACAGUUUCAGCAUAAGAAAGCAGAAGAUGAAAAUAAAAAGGCCUUGGAGGAUUUGCAGGCUGCCUUGGAGCUGCAGUCAAUGCAGAAUAGCCAGCUGUCUGUAUCCUUAGAGCAUGAGCAAAUGAUAAAUGAUAAUCUCCGCAAGGAACUUCAGAUAGAACAUUCACGCUGUGAAGCGUUGUUGUCUCAAGAACAGAAAAAAGUGUCAGAGCUACAGAGAAAUUUGGAAGCUGAGAAAAAUCGUUCAUUGGAGCUCUUGAAUUCCUUGAAUCAUGAACGUGUUUUGACAGAACAGUUGAGCAUGAGAGCUAAGGAAGACGCUUCUUGUCAGCACAGGGCAUCAUUGCUGGAACAAGCCUUUAUCCGAGAGCUUCAAGCCAAGCUGGCAGAAGAGAGGUCCCGAACAACAGAGCUUGCUGCUAUUAUUGACGAAACACACCAGAAGGCUGUUCAUUCUAAAAGGCAGCUAGAGGCUGAAGUAUGGAUGUGUUGCAAAGAAACACGGAAGGAGAGAGAGAUUAGUAACAAACUACAAGCUACAAUGGAGUCUCUUCAGAGUCAAAAUCAAGAGGUAAUCCGCUCCCUAGAGGCCCAGAAGGAACGAGAGGCAAAGCUGAAAGCUGAUGGGGAACAAUUGCAAUUAGUCUUUGAGACAGUGCAAGAACAAGAUAACAACGAGAAAGAGCAAAGGCAGCAGCAACAAACAGAAAUGGAAAAAGAGACAGUCAGGCAGAGAGAUCAAGAAAGGCUGCAAAAUUUGGAACUGCAACACAGGAGGGAUGAACAAAAAAUUAAAGAGCUGCAAGGAAUACUGGCAGUAUUAGAGUUAAGAGAAAGUCCUUCGUCUUCCAACAAUCAACGAGAACUGUUGUGUGCUUUAAACAAAGAUCAAAAUGCCAAACAGCCCAUGACAAAAGAAAGUGAAAAAUUGAACUUGCAACAGCAGCAACAACAGCUGGAGAAGAUAAGACAGCAGUUGCUUUUUGUAGCUGCAUGUCUGAAUGAGUUCAUAUAUAAAACAGUAGAUAAAACAGUUAACGAUUGGUCUGCAUCAAAUAAUGAAGCUGUAGCAUCUUUACUGCAGAUGUUAAAGGAACUAAAAUCAGAUUUAUUGUCUCCUCCUGCAUCUCAGAUCAGAUCUACAGAUGAUGCUGAUUCUGUUCAACAACUGGAAAGAGACGCUUGGCAGCAAGAGAGAAGCAUUCUGCAGAAUGCAUUGAAACGGGCAGAGUCUGAACUGGCUAAAGCAACUGUUGAAAUUGAAAACAAACCAGUGGUAGAAACUUCCAGUCCUAAGAUGCAGAAAUUAUAUAGGAAGUACCUAAGAGCAGAGAGCUUUAGAAAGGCUCUAGUUUAUCAGAAGAAAUACCUCUUGCUGCUCCUCGGCGGAUUUCAGGACUGUGAGCAAGCAACCCUGUCUCUAAUAGCACGUAUGGGAAUCUACCCUGCACCUGCAGACCUGCAGCUUUCUGUUUCCCAUUCCCGCCCUUUUACCAAGUUCAGAUGUGCAGUCAGAGCAGUCAUCGCUGUAUCAAGGUUGAAGUUUUUGGUGAAAAAGUGGAACAAACUUUACAGAAAGAGUGCACAGGGUGAAACCAUUCCUCACAGUAUAGGAGGUAAUACAGCCUCUGGUGCUAGAACGGAAAUUCUGAAACAGCAGCUCCUAGCUGUUAAUGUCAGCUCUCCCCCAACCCGGGACACUGGGUUGUGUCACAGAACCAGCUCUGGGAGAUUUUUGAGCCACUCCCCCAGAUCCUCUCACUGGUCACACAACAGAUUGACUCCAUCCACAAGUUCAGCUUCAGAAAAGUCAUUUGUGCCUAUUCAGGAUCCUGAACGAUCACUAACAGAAUAUAUCCAUCGCUUGGAGGUUAUCCAGCAAAGACUAGGAGGUGUGCAACUAGGAAAAGUUCCAGGCCCACCUCGACAGAGAAACAUGAAAAAGUGAUCCAAAUGCUUCUGAAAUCUGAACCGCGAAACCUCCUAGUUACUGGUUCCUUCUGAGUUAUUCCCUAGCAAAUGGAAGCACUUGUCAUCUCUUGUGCAAAUGAAUAAAGGGCAGUGCUUUUGCAUCAGAUUUUUAUAUGACUUUUUAUUAUAUUUUAGUACUUUUAAGAGGAAAUUACUUUUCGCUAAGAACAAUGUUUUACGUUGUCAUAUGGAAUUAAUACUAAGUUAACAGCUGAAGUGUGCUGGCAUCACUAUUGUCAGUUGUCUGUUUAUUUUUCUAUAGUGUAUAGCUGGAUUCUUUGUUUAAAAAAAAGUUAUUAAAAUGGCAUUUUAUUAGUGAA